CAUCAAAUUCAUUGUACCACGCAAUUAAGAUGAAUUCGCAUCUAUACUUUCUAUCAAUCAUCGGCCUUUCAUUUCUUACGAUUGGCGAAAUGACAUCAGUGUCCCUCAUCAAGAGUAACAUUUUACAUUUAUUUGCGAAUGGAGUGCCGGAAGUCACUGUAUCAAAAGACCAUCAUUUAAAGCUGUUAAAUAAAGGAAAGCUUGCCGAAACUGAUCAUGCGCUUGUGUGGAAAGGAACUUAUGACAAUAAGGCAGUUGCCUGUAAACUGUUUUGUGAUAAAAAGUAUAUGGAUGAGGAAAUGAAAAUUUUCAAAGCCUUAAAUGCAACGAAAAAUCUGGAUAAGGAACCGCAUGAAAUACCACGAAUCUUUUACCAUGGACCAAUUCUUGGCAAAUAUCAUGCAAUCGCAAUGACAUUGUUUGAUGGAACUUUGUUGGACCGUUACGUAAAACAAGAUGAGAAAUUAUCCGAUUUUAGCAUUUUACUGAUAUUUAAGCAGGCGGUCGAAGCAUUGGAAUUUCUUCACAGCAACAAAGUGUUGCAUAAUGAUAUUAAACCAGAAAACAUUUUCCUACGCGGUUCGGAAGUUUUCUUUAGCGAUUUUCAUUUGUCCACUUUAAACGGUUACCAGAAACGUCCAUGUUCACCAAUGUUUGGAUCAGCGUCGUAUUAUGCCGGAUUUGACCGGGACCCAAUGGAUGAUUUUGAAUCAUUGCUUUAUUCAAUUUGGUACAUAGGAAAUGUGCCAAUGGGCCGGGUAUAUGGACGUGAUAUACCAGAGGGUCGUAUUCUUUUGGGUUUAGACGAACAAGAGGCAAUAUCAAGAAUGGUGGAAAAAUCAAAACAUUUCAAAGACAAAAAUGUUCAGAAAGCGUUUCGUUUCACAAAUAUGCAAAUAAUAUCUGGAAAAAGCAAGCCCGACUAUAAAGAAAUCAUAAAAAAAUUAACAGAAGCCAUAGCUGAAGUAAGCAAAACGACGGGCCAAGAGCGGUUUGAGUGGUUAACAUUUUGAAUAUUGUCAUCAGAACCGGUUCAUAUUGGAAUUAAACCAUUUCGAAAUGAUCUCAAACGAACUUUGCGCCCGAAAAUUUGAAAGAGAAAAAUAAAACACACUGAACCAAUAAAUUAUUAAAAACUUA